AUGGCAAUUAGUACUAUGUUGGGGUCCAUCUCUUGUUGCCCCUCUCCCAAGGGGUAUGGGAUACUUAAACAACACAGUAGUCGAGUGAAGCAUUGUGUUUUCACUGUGAAAUCGUAUGUGCCUGUAUAUUCGGAUGGCGCAAAUUAUGAGAUAAAGUUGCAUUCUUUGGGGGCUAGAGAUUUAGUUAAAAGAAGGGUUUUUCUGGAUACUUCAAGAAGACUCUAUUUCCGAGGUAGAUGGUCUGAAUUCUCAGGGAGGAGAGUGGAGACUUAUGCAGGAGUAGAUGUAGCAAGUGCUGUUGAUGUGAUCAACGAUCUUGGAUUCGAUACUUUGACCUUCUUGAUGGUUACUGUUAUCAUUGUCCCUGCAUUCAGACUCCUCAAAGCCAGUCCGAUACUUGGUUUCUUCUUUGCUGGUGUUGUACUCAAUCAAUUUGGUUUGAUUAGAAAUCUCACAGAUGUUAAAGUUCUUUCGGAAUGGGGGAUUCUCUUCCUGCUCUUUGAGAUGGGUCUAGAGCUUUCGCUUGCACGUCUGAAAGCUCUUGCAAAAUUUGCUUUUGGCAUGGGAUUAACUCAGGUUUUGUUAUGCACGCUUGCAUUCACUGCUUUUGAACUCCCACCAAAUGGAGCCAUAGGGACAAGAAUUCUCGAAUUCCUAUUUCACUCAAGGCCUGACUUGGUCAACAUCAGAAGCAUUGAUGAGGCUGUUGUCAUUGGCGCUGCUCUCUCAUUGUCAUCUUCAGCUUUUGUUCUACAGCUUCUUGCAGAGAAGGGUGAGCUACCUACAAGAUUUGGCUCAGCAACCUUGGGAAUUCUUCUUCUACAGGAUAUAGCUGUUGUGCCGUUACUAGUUGUUCUUCCGGUAUUAGAGAGCCAGAAUCUUGUUGGGGAAAGUAUCUUGCCGAUGCUUGCAAAAGAAAGUGCAAAGGCUCUUGGUGGAUUGGGCAUUCUAUCCCUUGGAGGAAAGUUCUUUCUCCGUAGAGUUUUCGAGGUUGUUGCAGAAACCAGAAGCUCGGAAGCUUUUGUGGCCCUUUGCCUUCUCACAGUUGCUGGGACUUCACUCCUCACUCAAAAGCUUGGUUUCAGCGAUACGCUUGGAGCUUUUCUUGCUGGAGCACUUCUAGCGGAAACAAAUUUCCGGACACAAAUCGAAGCUGAUAUUAGGCCGUUUAGAGGUUUGCUUCUUGGUUUGUUCUUUGUGACCACAGGAACUUCCAUUGACAUGGAGGUUCUGUUUCGAGAAUGGCCUAAUGUCCUCUCACUCUUGGGUGGUUUGAUUGUGAUCAAAACACUUAUUAUAACCGCACUCGGUCCCCGAGUUGGCCUCACGUUACAAGAAAGUGUAAGAAUCGGUUUUCUUCUUUCUCAGGGAGGGGAAUUCGCAUUCGUUGUGUUCUCUCUAGCCAACAGGCUAGGAGUGCUUCCACUUGAACUGAACAAGCUGCUCAUUAUCGUAGUUGUUUUGUCUAUGGCGUUAACACCUACGCUUAACCAACUUGGAAGAAAAGCCGCCGAUUUUCUUGAUGAGAAGCUUGAUCCCGGAGAUAGAAUACCUGAAGAUGUGAACUUUGACGUUAGUGAAUCAAUUGUCAUCAUUGGAUUUGGACAAAUGGGUCAGGUGCUGGCCAAUUUUUUGUCAACGCCGUUGGUCUCAGAUAGUGAUCUUGUGGGAUGGCCUUAUAUUGGUUUUGAUCUGAAUCCUGCUGUGGUCAAGGAAUCAAGAAAACAAGGUUUUCCGAUAUUGUAUGGAGACGGAUCUAGGCCAUCGGUUUUGCAGUCUGCAGGUGUUUCAUCUCCUAAAGCAAUCAUGAUAAUGUAUAAAGGAAAGAAGAGAACCACUGAGGCUGUUCAAAGACUCCGUCUUGCCUUCCCUGGGGCUCCUAUUUACGCAAGAGCUCAAGAUUUACCGCAUCUUCUUGAACUAAAGAAAGUAGGAGCCACAGAUGCAAUUCUUGAAAACGCAGAGACGAGUUUACAGCUUGGUUCGAAGCUGUUGACAGGGUUUGGAGUGAUGUCUGAUGACGUGAGCUUUCUGAGUAAAGUGUUCAGAGAUUCAAUGGAGAUUCAAGCUCAAGACGAAAUCAAUGCUGCUGAAAGUACCAAUGCUGGUUCUCCACCGCUUAUGAAACCGAUGCAAAUGAAAGCUUCUGAUGCAAGCGUAGACUCUGCAGCACAAGUCCAGCUCAUGAAGCCAAUGCAAAUGAAAGCUUCUGAUUCGAACGUAGAAGAGAUUCUGCAAGUAGCAGAUGGUUUGAGUCAGCCUGAGACUGAUUCUUCUGUGAAUAAAGAUAAUGGAUUUGUUGGUAAAGCUGAGAAAUCUCAAGACUAA